AUGUGUGGAACUGCUCCUCUUAUAGGGGCCUUAGUGAGACUAUGGAGUUACAAAGUCGUGGGGCCUGGCCACGAGUUAGCCAAUACCACCACCGAUAGGAAUGGACAUUUUUAUAUUCAAGGAAAGGACUCUUCUUUGCUGCCAUUGAAUGUACGAUUGAAGAUCAAGCACCACUGCGAAACACCAACGCUUUGCACUCGGAAAUUGAAUCUACCACUGCCACCCAAGUACGUCGUAAGAGGACCGAAUGUGGAAAAAUGGUUCGAUGCUGGCCGCCUCAAUGUCGCAUAUAAAGUUAUCCAGUAUGAAGAAAGUGUUCCUGCCGGUAACAAGACGCUAGCAAGAUAUGAGUGA